AAUAAGGAACAGGAAUGGCAGGCCUCAGCGCAUUACUGCCUAGCGGGUUGCAUCAAGACAGCGAAUUAGCACUGUGAUAUUGUUGAUGAAUGUUAGCAUGGCUGUGGCUUCUCGGCUAUUAUUUAGAGAGGUCUGCUCCCUCAUCAGCAUGCGAACAACACUCGUUUAGAACCUCGCCGCUCUACAGCCCCUCACUUUGUGGCUGCUCGUCGUAGGUCACUCGUGCCAAAUUCAUUGACGUUGACAGCUCAGACCACCCGACUGAUAUAGGUACUACUGUACCCGCACCAAACAUGAGCCCAAAGUUCUAUGCCGUCAGGAGGGGUCGAGUUACAGGCAUCUUCACAACUUGGGAGGAAGCGAGGCCGCAGGUGGACGGGUUCAGCAGGAACGAGCACCAGGCUUUCCGGAAUCUGAAAGACGCCGAAGCGUAUCUCCACCAGAACGUCACCUCUGACUCCCACGUCAUGAUGGCGACCCCGAACAUUCGCAAGCCGCAUCAUUACAUCCACGCAAGGGGAUUGGACAAGAGCGGGGGUGUCGAUAUAGUGGAUACGUGUGGCCUCGCAAGCCCAGUGGUCGGCGCUGACGCCGCGAAGAAGGUGGCCUGGAGGAGGAGUGGCAAGCGCCUUGUCAGGAUCGACGAUUCCUGA